AUGGGGAGGAGGAUUGGGGCGCAUCGGCUUACUCUGCUUCCCCUCGUAGGUCUUUCUCGGAGCCGCUGCCAUGGGAGAGCCAGCCUUGGGCGUCGGGGACCAGCCGCCGCUGCUGCCGCGCCCGCCUCGGAGCCGCGGCCCCAGUCCCCGCGCCCGAAGUCGGCCCGCUGCGUCCCCCUCCUGGGCUGCAGGGCCGCCCCCGCCGCGCCGCUGGCCCCGGCUGUGCCUGUGCCUGUGAUGAGCCGCAGCCCACUGCGAGCCCUGCCCCCGGGCGNCCUUGCCGCCGCCGCCGCCGCCGUCGGGGCGGCCCCCGCCGCAGCAGCGGGGGCAGCGGGGGUCGUUGCCCCUCCCCGCAAUGGCACUCGGGGCACCGGGGGUGGCGGAGAGAAGAGGCAGUUGGUGUAUGUGUUCACCACGUGGCGCUCGGGCUCGUCUUUCUUCGGUGAGCUCUUCAACCAGAACCCCGAGGUGUUCUUUCUCUACGAGCCAGUGUGGCACGUGUGGCAAAAACUGUACCCAGGGGACGCUGUUUCCCUGCAAGGGGCUGCGCGGGACAUGCUGAGCGCUCUCUAUCGCUGCGACCUCUCGGUCUUCCAGCUGUACAGCCCCGCGGGCAGCGGGGGGCGCAACCUCACCACGCUGGGCAUCUUCGGUGCAGCCACGAACAAGGUGGUGUGCUCCUCGCCACUCUGCCCCGCCUACCGCAAAGAAGUCGUGGGGUUGGUGGACGAUCGGGUGUGCAAGAAGUGCCCGCCGCAGCGCCUGGCGCGCUUCGAGGAGGAGUGCCGCAAGUAUCGCACGCUGGUCAUCAAGGGCGUGCGUGUCUUUGACGUGGCCGUGUUGGCGCCGCUACUGCGCGACCCUGCCCUGGACCUCAAGGUCAUCCACCUAGUGCGCGAUCCGCGUGCCGUGGCCAGCUCACGCAUCCGCUCGCGCCAUGGGCUCAUCCGUGAGAGCCUUCAGGUGGUGCGCAGCCGGGACCCGCGAGCCCACCGCAUGCCCUUCCUAGAGGCCGCUGGCCACAAGCUGGGCGUGAAGAAGGAGGGUGUGGGCGGCCCGGCGGACUACCACGCGCUUGGCGCUAUGGAGGUCAUCUGCAACAGCAUGGCCAAGACACUGCAGACGGCCCUGCAGCCCCCUGACUGGCUGCAAGGCCACUACCUGGUAGUGCGGUACGAGGACCUGGUGGGAGACCCCGUCAAGACCCUACGGAGGGUGUACGACUUUGUGGGGCUGCUGGUGAGCCCCGAAAUGGAACAAUUUGCCCUUAACAUGACCAGUGGCUCAGGCUCCUCCUCUAAGCCGUUCGUGGUGUCCGCGCGCAAUGCCACGCAGGCGGCCAACGCCUGGCGGACGGCCCUCACGUUCCAGCAGAUCAAACAGGUGGAGGAGUUUUGCUACCAGCCCAUGGCGGUGCUGGGCUAUGAGCGGGUCAAUAGCCCCGAGGAGGUCAAAGACCUCAGUAAGACCCUGCUCCGGAAGCCCCGGCUCUGAGAGGGUUUCCCGGGAGACCCAAUUCCCUGUGGAGACACCCACAAGAGGACUGUGGUGUAUUUAAACAAAAACAGCCCAGACCCAAACUGAGGAAGCCCACAUAUUCUAUUAUAGAUAUAUAAUAUAAAUAACCACACAGGCACUUGCUGUCAAUGUUUUGAGUCAUUGAAUUUCAAGGAACAGCCACAAUACACACACAUCUCAGCAAAGGCAAGACUUGAAAGUUCUGCCCAGCUCCCCUCCUCUCCUCUCCCCUACCUCUUCUCCCUUUCUCUUUCUCCCCUUUCCUACCCUCUCUCCUACCUGCCUUCCGUUUUGAAGUGGGAUGUUGAUUAAAUCAAGAUCCAGUAACCUUAAAUCUUGUUUACAAAAUGUUCGUGGUAUCUGUGAACGUGGAAGAGUAAUUUGGUCGUGAGGGGUGGGGUGGAGAAAGGGGAAGUUGUCCAGGAGCACAGAGCUCCACUGGGCAUGAUAAACCGAGGAGGCGUUCUUCUAGAAAUAGACUUGUGUGAAAAGCAAAGGUUCUAUGUGAGAAUUAAUAAAAAAGAUAAUAAAUAAUAUUCUUUUUAA